ACAAAAAUUCUGCAAUUCCCAAUCCCUCAAUUUUCUCAAAAAUUGAUUCUAACCUAAAAAUGGAGCAUCCAUUUUUCCCGACGACCACCACCCGCGCGGAAGCCCUACGGUGGCUGACAAUCGCCGAGAAGCUGCUGUCGGCGCGCGACCUAAUGGGAAGCAAGUCCUUCGCCACCCGCGCGCGUGACUCCGACCCCACGCUCACCCCCGCCGACCAAAUCCUCGCCGUCGUGGACACUCUCCUCGCCGGAGACCGCCGGAUCGGGAACAACCAGCAGGACUGGUACGCGAUCCUCCGCCUCACGCCGCAGCAGGGCCGCGAAUCGGACGCCGCCGUCGCCUCGCAGUACCGCAACCUCGCCAUCGCCCUCAACCCCCAGCGGAACAAAUUCCCCUUCGCCGACCAGGCCUUCCGCCUCGUCGUCGACGCCUGGGGCGUCCUCUCCAACCCUACCAGGAGAUCCCUCUACGACAAGGAAAUCUCCUUCUAUUCGCAGCCUCCGCCGCUGCCGCCGCUGCCGAUUCAGCAACCCGACCCGUUUACCAAUCAUCCCCUUCCGUCAAUGCACCAGAACUUCAUGUUCUUCGGGGGCAGCACCUCCACCGGCCUCGCUCCUCAACAGCACCAGAGCAGCGGCGUUCCCUUUUCACAAGUCCAGGUACAUGCAAACCCUCAGCCCGACCCGGUUGCUUCCGUCGGGUUGAACCGAGAGCCGCAGAAUUUUAUGAAUUUUAAUUCGGGUGCUAAUCUCGCAUUUGGGGGUGCGUCUGGGUCUAAAGUAAGUAGCGCACAAGAAGGUUUUUCAGCGUUUGCUGGAAAUGCUGCUGAGCCUGCGCAAAAUUACUCUGGUGUUGAUGAGAGAGCUAGUCGUAAUUUGAAUGAAAGUGAUAAUGUGGGGGAGAAAGCAGAUGAGGAGGGUGAGGAUGUGGAGGUGGAAGAUGAGGUGGAGGUGGAGGAAAUGGAGGCGGCAAGAAAUGAUGAUGGAUUGCCUUUCUGGACUGCAUGCCCUUAUUGCUAUUAUAUGUAUGAGUAUCCUAACUUGUAUGCUGAUUGCACUCUACGCUGCCAGAAUUGCAAGAAAGCAUUUCAAGCGGUGGCAAUUCCGUCCCCUCCGCCACUGGUUGAUGGACAACAAGGCUACUUUUGCUGUUGGGGCUUUUUGCCCUUGGGUUUUUCUAUGGAGAAUUGGGAGAAAAACAAGGGUGCUGCCUCAACUUGGACUCCCUUUUCACCUAUGUUCACUUGCCCAGGAGAUGGGAAGAGUAAUACUAGAAAGAAGAACCCGCAGCCUAGGAUAUAUAUUGAUGAUGAUGAGGAUGAGGAUUUUGUUGAGGUUUCGGAUUCGAGUGGGUCUGAUGAUAAUUGGAAUAGGGGUGCGGGGAAAAGGAGGAAGAAAUCAAGGAUUGUGAAAGGAAAGGGGGCUAGUGUGACGCCCCGUAGAAGUGCUAGGAAUGCACAAGUUGAUAAAGGUAAGAAUCUCCCAGUGCAAGAUGAUUUGGUAGCUCCAAAUGGGGUGGAGACCCCUAAUAAAACAGCAGGUGACUCGAGUAAAAAAGUGCCUGCUACCACUGCUAGAAAACAACCUGCUAGGGUUGCUAAGAAUUUCGAGAAGUUGGAUUUGAAUGUGGAAUUCAGCAACGAAGCUGAGGAGCCUGCACCUAGGGUGAACCAAGGGAAUGGACCAAGCCGUGGGGAGGAUGAUAAUAUUGGGUUUUUUGAGGGUCUUGAUGAAUUCCUUAGCAGUCUCCCCAUUCUUAAUGUCGUAGGUGAUGACAAGGUUGUCAAGGCCUCUUAAUAAAGUAAGACCUUUGCGAUUGUAAUUGUCGGGGAUCAUGUUUUGUUGUUAGCGCAGCUUAGUGAAUCGAGAGCUUCUCGUGUUGUAAUUUUGAUCUGCAGUAUGAAAUUAUGUAGAUCAACUUAGAAUAUCAGUUGCUGCUGUUUUUUGCAUCUUCGUUAGUUGUAUGUCUUAUUUAUGUCCUUUGAAAUAAUCUCAUAGCUGCCCCUUGAUCGUAUGGCAGUUGGACUUGGUA